CAGUAAUUUCUGUGUAGUCACUGUAUCUCUAUAUCUAAAACCUAACCAUCUCUCUGAUUCUCUGUCUCUCUCUUCCUCUUAUCAUUGGCAGCCUUGCGCAGCUGAAGCUUCGCUUUCAAAGCAAUCCAUGGCUGAAGUCGCUACCGGAAAAACCCUAACCUUAGCUGAGCAAUAUCUAUUGAAGGAGAAAGAAGAGAAACUGGAUACGGGUACAAAACCUGUGGAAGAGGUUGAGGUUAAAAACCCUGUAAAUGCUGCUUCAGAGGAAGUUGUCACUCUGAAAACUGAGGAAAUCCCUGUUGCUGUUGAAAGUACUGAAGUUGCUGCUGCUUCUGCUGAGGAAAGCAGUGAAGCCUCCAAUGCUGCUGCUGGAGAAGGCAUUGAAUCUACUCCUGAGGCCGAUGAAGGUGUCAGUGAAACUGUUCCAGCUGCUGUUGAAGAAAGCAGUGACAGCACUGAACAGGAAGACUCAGGUGACCAAGAACCUGCUGAACAGACACCAGAGAUCAAGCUUGAGACAGCACCAGCAGAUUUCCGUUUCCCAACUACCAAUCAAUCCAGGCAUUGCUUUACCCGAUACAUUGAGUAUCACCGGUGUGUAGCUGCAAAGGGGGACAGUGCUCCUGAAUGUGAUAAGUUCGCAAAAUAUUAUCGUUCUCUUUGCCCUGGUGAAUGGGUAGAUAGGUGGAACGAGCAAAGGGAGAAUGGUACUUUUCCUGGCCCUUUGUAGAUGGGUCCUGCCAUUAUAGUUCGAUUUGCUUCUUGAUGACCUGAUGAAUUUGUUGAAAUGACAAUGGGAUUCCCCCAUGGGUAAUCUUAUAUUCAGAAGAGUUAAUAAAAAAAUUCGGCUUGUGUCUACAACAAAGUUGUUCCUAGUCAUCACUUUUGAUGGAACUAGGGAACUUUCUUUCCAGAAUUUUUAACACUUUUGGCUGGUUUGUAACAGUAACAGGUAACCAGUGGCCUGCCUUUUUUUAACGGUGCGUAAUAAAGGUUACUGCUGUUUUGUGUUUCCCAUUUGAUUAAAAUUGAUGCCUCAUUUGAUUAGAAUUGAUGUCUUUCUCAAGACAUCAUGUGAGGAUGAGUAUCUCUGUCCCUUGGGUUUUGUUUGGUUCAGUUGUUGGAAUAAGAGAAUAGUUUUCAGAAACUAUAUUGAAUAUUUGAACUGUUUUCUGUCUAUUA